GCGGCUGGAGCGUUCGAACGUGGGGCGCGCGGCGGCGGUUGGGCUUGAGGCUGUGGCGGUUGGAGACGGUGGGGUCGACAUGGCGCCUCCUGCGCGUCCGCAGCUCGAGUCGCUCAAGUACGCGGAGCUACAGCAGAUGGCGAAGGCCGCCGGCCUGAAGGCUAACCUGCGGGCAAACAAACUGUUGAAUGCACUGAAGCAACAUUUUGAAAAAAUGCAAGAAAACGAAAAUACCGUAGACUCUGAAAAAAGUGCAUCUGCUUCCAUUGAAUUGGAUGAACUGAGCAAUCGGGAGGAAAUUAUGCCUGAUUCAGUGUGUUUUAUUACAAAAAGACAUGGUAAAGAAAAGAAGAUAACCAGAAAAAGAAAGAACUCCAACGAGGAAGCUAAUACCACUGGAGAAAACACAGCGCCUUCUGACAAGAAAGAGGAACAUUUGGAAAUGAAAGAAAACAAAGUGCCUCGGGAUGAUAAUGAAAAAGGACAGAAAUUAUUCCAAAAUGAGGAACUUGUAGCUAAAAAGAGAGCCCUUGAGGAUCCAAGGAUGCGUACUGGUCAGAAAGAGCAACCAGAUAAGACUUCUACAAUAAGCAGUGAACAUGAAUGUGAUGCUCCUCAUGCAGGAGGGAAGAUCCCUUUAUACCUAGGCAGCGUGUCUAGGCCUGGGAAAAGAGGAAUAAAAGCUACUACACCAAACUUUAAAAAGAUGCAUGAGGCUCACUUUGAGAAAAUGGAAUCUAUUGCUGACUACGUUGAGAGGAAGAAAAAGAAGAUUGAUAACUGCAGCAGUUCUCUUGGCAAAGUCAGGAAACAAACCGGUGGCAAAACAAUUUUGUUCAGCCCAAAUCCAGAGAGAGGUAGAUUCUCUGCCAUGUCCACUCCUAAUAACCUUCGGCACUCGCCACAUGGCUCUGUGAACACUGCUAAUCGGAGUAUUUUAUCUAAGAAAUCUUCAUUUAAUCCUUCUGUCCUUUCAACAACCAAAAUGAAUGUCAGGUUCUCGGAAGCCACAAAAGAUAAUGAGCACAAACGCUCUCUUACCAAGACUCCAUCCAGAAUGUCUCCAUACUUGAGGGACAUCUGUACAACUGAAAGUCAGAAGAGCUGCAAACUAAUAAAUCAGAAAAACUACAUGGAAAAUGCAAAAAAUAAUGAUAUGUCUGCAUCAAAAAAUCAAGUGGAUGUCACCACCCCCUUCAAGUUCACAGCUCGUCCUGCAGAACCCACAAGUGCAAAGAAGGUAUUUGAUCUCAAAGCAAGUCUCUCAAGGCCGCUUCGGUAUCAGCCACAUAAAGGACGACUAAAGCCUUGGGGAGAAUUUAAAGAAAAUACCGUCCUAAAUAAGUCCGUUUGCAGCAACAUCUCUUCACGUAAGAAUGAUUACAAACAGCCGCCUCUCCAGACAAGGGAAGAAAGGCGUGAGAAACAUGAGCAAGAGAGAAAAAAGAAAAAGGCUCAGGCUCUCGAAAAGCUUAGACGACUACCUGUACAUUAGGAGGAAUAAGAAAUGUUGAAGAAACCACUGUAAAUACUGUUCCUGUCAU